AUGGCCUCCACUGCUACCACUGUCCCCACCAAGGAGCAGGUUCUCGUCCCCGAGACCCUCCUGAAGAAGCGCAAGAGCCAGGAGCAGGCUCGCGCUGUCGCCCGUGAGGAGGCCGAGAAGAAGAAGGCCGCCAACAAGGAGAAGCGCGCCGUCAUCUUCAAGCGUGCCGAGUCCUACGUCAAGGAGUACCGCGAUGCUGAGCGCGAGAAGAUCCGCCUUGCCCGCGUUGCUCGCAAGGAGGGUAACUUCUACGUUGCUGACGAGCCCAAGCUUGUCUUCGUUAUCCGUAUCAAGGGUAUCAACAAGAUCCCUCCCCAGCCCCGCAAGAUCCUCCAGCUGCUCCGUCUGCUCCAGAUCAACAACGGUACCUUCGUCCGUCUUACCAAGGCUACCCAGGAGAUGUUGACCAUCAUCAACCCCUACAUUGCCUACGGUUACCCCAACCUCAAGUCCGUCCGUGAGCUCGUCUACAAGCGCGGUUACGGAAAGGUCGACAAGCAGCGUGUUCCCCUCACUGACAACCAGAUCAUUGAGGAGAACCUCGGCAAGUACGGCAUUGUCUGCAUGGAGGAUCUGAUCCACGAGAUCUACACCGUUGGCCCCAACUUCAAGCAGGCCAACAACUUCCUGUGGCCCUUCAAGCUCUCCAACCCCACUGGUGGCUUCCACACCCGCAAGUUCAAGCACUUCAUCGAGGGUGGUGACUACGGUAACCGUGAGGAGAACAUCAACGGCCUCAUCCGCCAGAUGAACUAG